CUGAGUACGCACAAUAUUUGUACUGAAAUUCGUUUUUGGUCGUUAGGCUAAAUCUAAAAUGAGUUGUGUUUAGAUUUGUAGCAAUUGGAGAGCUAAAAACAUGGAUUUCUGGAGUCAUUUCACCCCAAAAUAAUUCACCUUGGUUUCCCUCUCCGACAAAUUGUCACAAUUCUGUGCAAAUUCUCCUUACUACCUUUGUGUCCGUUAGAAACAGGGUCAUUAACAUAUGAAAUUAUGACAUGCCAUAGGAUGAAAGAAGCGUUGUGCCUGGAAGGUAAACUGAGGUGAACUGCAGGACCUGUUUAGGUGUUGUUUGAAGAUAUUAGAAACCUAAGGUGAAGUUCAGGAAAUGACAGGCAGUUGUAUCUAGUGAAGUGUAUUCCCAGUGUGUGUGUAAGUGGUGAGGGCAAGAGGUGGAGAACUGCAAGUGGAACACUCGGAAUGCUGAAGCAGAGCUUUGUCCAGGAGAAAAUCUCCGAUUUGUCUCCCAUGAAUCACCUACCCCCGCUGAAGACACUUCCUCAGUGGUCCCGAGUGAACACUCUGGACAAAGCGCGCUACCCCAAACCCUUUGUGAAGGACAGAUUGUUGCCCCCGAUGGAGCCCCCCAAAAGUGAUGAAAACUCUGAGCAAGACAUGGCAUCGCAGAGCGGAUUACAGAGGGUUCAUCAUUUGGAGAAAAGCGUGGUUUUCAUGCGUCAGCAACACAACGAAAUUCUCCAAAGUUUGCACCAGGAAAUAGAGGCUCUCAAGAAAGAAAAUAAAGAUCUCAAUUUUAAGAUAAUCAUGACACAGAAAUCAAAAUCUCCUUCAAAUGCCGAUUUUAAGUCUGAUGGAGAAGCUGGGCGGGCGAGUGCUGCCAGAGAAAACCUCAUAACAGAAAAAGAGCUUUCCUCAUCCUCUUUGAAAUCCAAGGUCUCUGACAAUUCUGACAGAGAGGAGAAGCUGGAUGAACUGAAGGUGAUUUUCCUGGAGGAAGAAGUUCGCGAACUCAAACAAACGGUCAGGGAGGCAAAAAGUCGCAGCGCUCAUCUUAGUCAGAUGCUAGAGCAGUCUGAAGACCAGAGGAAGCGACAGCACAAGGCUAUAGAGGCGCUUCAGUACCAGCAAUAUCAACAGGCUCAGGCCAGCGGCUUCACCAUAGACAGGCUGCCUCAGCACCUCAACCCCCUGGGGCUUGUCUCUAACCCCCAGAGGCCCCCAACCCUGGCCGAGUGUGAGCUCAUUAUACGACAUCUACAGCAGGUCAAUGAGAAGCAGGCUCAUGAGUUAGACAGGUUAAAGUCAGACCUGAAGGACGUGUUAUACUCGCACAAGUGGACGCCUGAUGCUUACCUGCUGGCUAAAGCCUACGUGGCUGAGGAUGGGAGGGAACCUGGGGCUGCCCCUCCCCCACUCAUCCAGGGGGCACCACCCCUGGAUCAGCCUGGGUCACGCCUUCCGUCCAGUCGUCCAGUUCCCAAGCAUCAGCCAAGAAAACUGCCUGACAUAGCAUAUAUCCAGAGGGAGAAUGUCACACUACCAGCUCUGAAGCAGACCGUAGGUAACAAAGCCGUAGAGAGACGGAAGAGAACACAGGUGUUACAGAAGGCUAGAAUGAAGAAAGAGGUCAAUGAGCAAUACUGAGAUACCUGUGGUCAAGGCAUGGGGAGUUCAGGUUUUCUUAUUGGGUUAUUUUGUGUAUGGGAUAUAUGGUAAAUUGUUAAUAGAUGAAAAUUGACUGUUGUAUGCCUCACAUGGCUAUUCAGAGCUCAAAGUCCUCAUUAUAGGCGGCUCAGUGGUAAGCCGGCAGUCAGCCUGUGAUUUGUCUGUAGUGUGUGCCUGUGGAGUGGUUAUGGAAGGGUUACACUAAAAUGAUAUUCCAGUGCACCAUUUGUCUAUAGACCUGGGCAGACUUAAACAAAAGUUCGCAAAUUAUAUUUUGUAACUGUCUUGGUAUAUUAAGUCUCUCUGUGGCGCUCCAACCAACAUAACGUCAUUUACAAAAAUUUUACAAUAAAUUUGACCUACAAAGUUUUGUGAAAGUGUCCUCCAGGGUAGAUAGGGGCUGGAUGAAUGGUAGUGGAAUGCUAGAAGCCUGCUAGUGGAAUGCUAGAAGCCUGCUGGUGGUAGCUUGCCACUGUAAAUCUUCAGUCUAGUUGGCACUGUUGAUAUUGUAAAAUUCAGUUCCACGUAUGCCACUCUGGAAAACAUUAGGUUUGUACAUAUGACACAUAAUUUCCGUUAUGAACUAUUUUGUUAAAUUGUUGAAUGUUUUUCUUUGUAGCAUAUUUUAUUCCCCAGUUCAAGACAUAAUAAUGGACAGACUUAGCAGUAGUAAGACAACGUCAAACAAGUUUUAAACUCUAAGAUUAAGGAAUCUUGACUGUAGUUUAAUAUGAAAAGGGCUUUAAGGAGACAUCCGUCCACUCAGAAAGUCCCUCCUUUGUUGGUUACAUACAUAGUAACAUUUGUAUUAUUUUAUUGGAUAAGAAGAAGUCUAUGAUAUGUUUUCAUUGUUGAGGAAAUAAUUGAUACUUUAAAAUUUGUUGACCUCCUUUGUUUCCAUGGCAAUUAGUAUUUUGUGUUGAGUUCUUGUAUAGUAAUUGUUGUAUUUUGGGGGAGAUUGUGGGGACAGUUAUCAGCAGCUGUGUUGGUUAUCUUGAUUACAACAUGUAAACCAGCUGUAAAAAACUUUACUUGUCGUUUAUGGGUACUGUAUUUCUUCUAAUUUUUGGGACAUGUGAUCUGCUCAUCAUAGCUGAUAUACAUGUAUAUGUAAUUGGAGCGGGAAUAUUGAGUUUCUUUUUUCUCAAAUGGUUUGACCAUCUAAUGAACAACAUACUCAUAUCUUUGCUUUUCCAAAAAGCUGGUAAAGAAAUGUAGUAUUCUACUUUCAACACUACUUGUAUUUGUCCCAAGACUUAGGAUAUAUCAAAAGUAAAAGUACAGCCACCAAUGGUAAAAACUUUAGUUAUGGUUUAUGUGUGGGUAUUUUCAUUCCUCCAUUCUAAGCCAUGGGGGUAGUAUUUUAUUUAUCAGGUGUUGUUGACUUCAUCCCAUGACUACAAAUGAACAUUCCAGCAUUCUGAGGGUAUGAAUUGUACUAUGUCAGAGUAAUUCCAAAUUUCGCAUGCAGCUUCAUAUUGAGGUGAACUACAUGUAAGUUCUUUUAAUAAUGGGGCAAUAUUUCAGUCAAAUUUCUGGUUUUUACAUGUAUAGCAACCAACUAGAAAUGGCAUGGAAUUUAUUCUAAGUUUUACAGCGAUUACCAGCGACGUAUUAUUUGUGGCUUGUCCUAAGUAGUUGUGAGUGUAACUGUGAUCAGGCCUUGACAGUUUUAAUGUUUUGAAGGAUUUGGGUGUAACAGGGUUUAAGGAUUAUGGUUUAAGUCACACAUCUACAUGCAGUUAACACUCAGCAUUGUCUUUUCUUGAAACCUACAUUUUCAAUACUUGUUCGUGCACUAAAAUCAACAUUAAGUCAAGAAUGUGUGUCACGUUUCACUAACCAAUUCUUAACAAAUAGAUCAGUUGAUGGCCUUACACUCAGGGGUCACUUUCAUGAUGUGUUCGUGACCUUAUCCAAAUUUUACUACCUUUUCGCAUAUGAAAAAGCAACUUUCAGUGCAAUUUAUGCGCUUUUUAAAGUUGAUUUUGGAGACAAAACUACAUUGGUUUGAUUGACCAAUUUCGGGGCUUAACAAAAACUGUAAUUUUAUCAGUCUACACAGAAUAAUGCCCUCGGAAAUUGCUUGAAUAAACAUCUUGCAUACAUGCGAAAAGGUUGAAGAAUUACUGGUGUGGUUUUGUCAGCCUACACAGAAUAAUAUCUUCAGAUUUUGUUUGAAUAAACACCUUGCUAUGAUGUGAACAGAUUGAAGAAUUAUAACAAGUACCACAUAGCUACACCUGUAAGUAUACUUCAUAUCUCUACAGCAUAUUCUGUGAUGGUAGUUAAGGGCUUGUCUGGCCAAGGGCGCUUCAUGAAACUGGGGCCUGACAGAGACUGUUACAUACGUGUGCAUUUACAUUGUUAUGGGUCAUCCGAAAAGAAAAGAAAAAAAACCCAACAAAACAAAAAAGAGGACACCUUACGGCCAUUGUUCCAUUAGCCUGUUUAGUUAGCUGCUCCAUACACAGUUGACCAUGAUUGUACACUGUGUGCCAGAUGAUCUCAGACUGGGUUAGCAUUGACAUGCACGCGCAAUCAGAAUAAAGUAUUUGAGGUUGGGUGAGCAGGAAACAGCUGUUUUACCACACACAGUGCAUGUAGAGAUGUUAAUAAUUCUAAUAAUAGAAGAUGAAGUCAUUAAUUACACCAUGUUUAGAUUGACCCUAGGUAGUUGGCUUACAAGGUCAUUUGCACAUUUAUGUGUAUUUACAAUUUCCAUGAUUUAAAUUUGCCAUUUCAGCCAAGGAUGCGUAUUAAGGUGUACCCAUACGGCACCCUGUGCACACUGGAGUUUGGUCAUGACAUAGUGUAAAUAUAUUCUUUGUUAUGGCUCAGGGGCCUUUUCUCUGUUAAAUUCAUCAGUGAGACAAACAUGAUAUUUUUUAUUUUGUCUGGUUGUUUAGCUAAGUAUUUUGUCUUCACAUAGUGUGACAGGUGCACUUGCUUGUACUUUGAUUUUGUAGUAGAGGGCAAUUUAAGAUACAAGCGUUUUGAUUGGUCAAUUGGUACAGUGCCACAUAGUACAUCUACAUGAUUGGUUGGGUGCUGCUGAGUGUUAAUAAGUUACAGUUGUUUUGAUUGGGCAAUUACCUGUAAUGCCAGUGUAUAUUGUAUGCACUGGGAAGCGUGACAUUUGAUUGGUUGAGCCAUGUUUUAUGUUGAUGACACACGACAAGCUAAUUUAAUAAUGUGAUUAUCACUAAUUAUUAUAUCAUCCCAUU